GGCAGUACAGGAAGUCCGACACCGCACAGAUCCGUGUGUUACCGCAGUCACGUGGUUUCUCUUGGUCAGUCACAUGAUGCGGAUCACAUGACAUUCAGUCACGUGCUGUUUACCCAGGAACCGGGGUAGAGUGAGAUCGGAGGCCGGCGGGGGCUCCUCCUGCGGUGACUCUGUGACCUGUGAAUAUCUCUGUUUUGAAUCUGACGCGAUGGGCUGGCGGCUCGGCGCCUGGAGCGCGGACCCCGUUUACUCUCCCCCCAACAUGUCGGAUUGUCCCAACGGCUCCAGGUGGAUCUGGAACUUGUUAAAUGAGUGUGCGGUGGACGGGUGGGAUGUGGCCAGUGUGUACCUGGGGCUUCUCUCCAUCCCGCUCUUCAUCACUUCCUCCCUCCCGCAGUAUUACAGAUCCAUCAAGACUGGGAACAUGGACAAGGCGAUUUCCAUCUGGUUCCUGUUGGGAUGGUUGGCCGGCGACUCCUGCAAUUUCAUUGGUGCAUUCCUGUCCCACCAGCUCCCCCUGCAGACCUACACGGCCGUCUACUAUGUCAUGUCUGACAUUUUGAUGCUUACGCUGUAUAUAUACUACAAGUACCGGAAGCGCAGCCCCGCCGGGGCCGUGAGAAUUAACGCCGUGUGCGGUUUCGUGCUGGUCGGGUCCGUGGCUUCCAUGUCGCUUCUCCGGGCGCCGGGUUCUGCCGCGUCAGACUCAGGAGCCGGGGGGCACGGCCGAAGGCUGCUGGCGUUCAGUGAUUCGGGAAACAAGCCGUUCACCAACCAGGAAAUUAUCGGAGUCUUCAUCGGCUCCGUCUCCUCUCUCUUCUACCUCAUGUCCAGGAUUCCGCAGAUGAUCACUAAUUUUAAGAGGAGGUCCACGGAAGGGCUGUCCGUGCUGCUGUUUUUAAUGGUGGUCCUCGGCAAUCUGACCUACGGGACGAGCGUUCUUCUAAAGAACCCUGAAAGCGGCCAAUCGGUCCAGGAUUAUAUCCUGCGUCACCUUCCCUGGAUCAUCGGGAGCCUCGGAGUAAUGUCUCUGGACAUCAUCAUCCUGCUCCAGUUCUUAGUUUUCCGGAAGAACCCCAACUCUUCGGAGGAGAGAGAACCCCUUCUUUCCCGGAGCUAGAGCGUCGCUUCCGUUCCGCCUCCUUUUAUACCGAGUUUCCUCGUCUCUUUUAAUUCUGUUUACAGAGGAGGGUCUCGUCGCCAGAGUCCGAGGCCCCCCAUCCGGCGCGGAGCUCUUUUACCUUCGAUGGGUGCUAGAGACUGUUUUUAAACGUUUUAAUGAUAUUAAUCUUUAGUCAUUUUUAUUUUAGCCGUCAGAACCU